AAAAAAGAAAAAAGGAGUUAGGGUAUAAAAAACAGAAGAAAGAAGGCACACCAGUGGUAUUGCGUGUUGGUGUGAAUCAAGAACCGCUCUGCUAUGGCUGCUCUGCAAUACUUGGAAUCGCUGCGCAAUUCGCACCCUGAGCUCUCCGAUUGGUACAAUUCGCUGGCGGAUCUGUACCAGAAGAAGCUCUGGCACCAGCUCACUCUCAAGCUCGAGCAGUUUGUGGCUCUCGCCGUCUUCCAGGCUGGUGAUGCUUUAAUACAAUUAUAUCACAAUUUCAUCACAGACUUUGAGACGAAAAUCAACCUUCUCAAGCUUGCACAUUUUGCUGUUAUAGUUUCUCGGCAGUAUUCUGAAAAAGAAGCUGCUGUUGGUUAUCUUGGAGGGGUCAUUCAGAAACUUCAAGACACUAGAGAGCAGCGCAUAGAAGAACCUAUUCUUUACAUUAAGAUGCAAAUAGCAAUAUUCAAGCUUGAGCAAGGUGAUCAAAAGGAAUGCAAGAAACUUCUAGAAGAUGGGAAGAGUACACUCGACAGCAUGACAGAUAUUGAUCCAUCUGUAUAUGCUAGCUAUUACUGGGUAUCAUCUCAGUUUCAUAAGACAUGCCAAGAAUUUGCUGAGUUCUACAAAAGUGCCCUUCUCUAUUUGGCAUACACAUCAGUGGAAUCUCUCUCAGAUUCAUUCAAGCUGGAUCUGGCAUUUGAUUUGUCCCUCUCUGCCCUUCUUGGGGAUAACAUCUACAACUUUGGAGAGCUACUUGCCCAUCCUAUAAUUAAGAGCCUUCUGGGGACAAAGGUGGAAUGGCUUUACUAUAUUCUGCAGGCAUUCAAUUCUGGUGAUCUGGUACGAUAUCAAGAAUUAUGUCGGGUGCAUAAUGCUGCUUUAAGAGCCCAACCAGCACUAGUUCAAAAUGAGCAAAAGUUGUUGGAAAAGAUCAACAUUCUGUGUCUGAUGGAGAUUAUAUUCAGUCGGCCUUCGGAAGAUCGAACUAUUCCCUUGAGUGUAAUUGCAGAGCGCACAAAACUUUCUAUAGAGAAUGUGGAGCAUCUCCUUAUGAAAAGCCUAUCUGUUCAUCUAAUUGAGGGUAUAAUUGAUCAAGUUGAGGGCACAGUGCAUGUUUCCUGGGUGCAGCCAAGAGUUCUGGGUAUUCAACAGAUCAAAUCCUUACGGGAUCGACUGGACAGUUGGACUGGAAAAGUUCACACUGCAUUGCUGUCCAUUGAGGCUGAAACACCUGAUCUAAUUGGAUCGUGAUUUUUCUUUAAUUUGGUUUCUGCUCUUUGUAACAAUUUCUUAAGUUGAAGGGAAUACAUCCUAAGGCGACAAAAGAUGAAGAGACUUCCAAGUGACAUGGGCAAUGAAUGUAGCUAACUUUAUAUGCUUCAUUUGCUUUUUGAAUGAUUGCUGGAAAGAGCAGUCCCUUGUACUUGGCUUAGAAAUUGUUAGUUCUAUGCCUGCAUACCUAGAGACAUGGUAACUUGGUUGGAAACAGGCUGUUUUUACGCUUUAGAGUGAUGACAAACUAUGUAUCUGGAAUUUUCUUAGAUACGGCCAUUUUUAUUCACUUCAGAAAUUUCUUUUUUAUUGAAUUGUGCCAAGCAUUCACCUUA